AUGUCUACAACAGACGACUCUUCGAAUCCCUACUACAAAUAUUAUACGCCCUCCACUGCUGCUGCCUUCGUGUUUGCGAUCCUUUUCUGUGUCUCCGGUUUGGUUCAAAUAUGGAGGAUAAUAAGGACGCGACAAUGGUUUGGAAUUGUGGUUCUUGUCGCGGCAGCUUUCGAAGCUGUUGGCUUGCUCGCGAGAGCUGAUUCAAGCAAGCACCUGGACAAGAAGUCACCAUACGAGCUUCAAACCAUCCUAAUCCUUCUCGCCCCCAUCCUCUUCGCCGCUUCAGUCUACAUGUUCCUUGGUCGUCUGAUCCGUGUAUCAAGACACCCAGAGUUAUGCCUCAUCCGCAUAAACUGGCUCACCCCAAUCUUCGUCAUUGGCGACAUCUUUUGCUUUUUCGUUCAAGCCGUCGGUGUCGUGAUCUUACUGCGCGCUGAAUCUCAAUCCAAGUUGAACUUGGCCAAAGCCAUUAUUCUCGCUGGUCUUGGGCUACAGGUGUUCUUCUUUGCUAUCUUUGCUACGAUUGCCGUCCUUUUCCACAUCCGACUGAAUUCCCGCGGGGAAGGAAAAGUCGUUCACCCGAGCGUGAAUGUGCAUAUCAGGCUCUGGAACAUCUACCUCUGCAGUUUGCUCAUUACAGUCCGGAAUGUUUAUCGGCUGGUGGAAUACGUGACCGGUACUAAUGCCUACCUUUCGAAGCGAGAAUGGCCUGCCUAUGUCUUGGAUAUUGGACUGAUGUUGAUCAUCAUGGUUAUCUCCAACUUUUGGUAUUUUCGCAAGACUAAGGAAAUGUACGAGCCCCCUGCUUUUGAUACGAGAACGGAGUAUCCUCUGGCUGAGCAACGGCUUCUCGGGCCACAGGAGGAGUUGGCUCCUGGACAAUCCCUUUCUUAUGGAUAUCACCAGCCUCCUCGAUAUUACGAACCUCUCGGACGUACCAAUGCUUGA